UUUACAGCUCAGCGAUUAAUUUGACCCGCUGCUCGAUGUCAUGUGGUCGCAUCGUUGUGGUGCUUAUAAGAGAAGACUUGAUAGACGACGCCAUCAUCAGAUUGUCGAAGAAAAGCUUUGUUGACAGGAGCCAUCCCGCGGUCUUGCUGCAAUGGUCGUUGUAGCGUUGACAGCUGCGGCGGCGGAGCUGGUCUGAGCUACGGGAGGACAUGCUGCUGGAUGGGCUGUGAUAGACCAUUUUUGCAACUCUUUAUUGUGCAUUGGACUUAUUAUAUGAGCUGAUAUAACGUUAGAUAAACAUAACGUGUUUGCUGUGAUGGGUAAAGAUUACUACAAAGUGCUGGGGAUAGCCAAAGGUGCUACCGAAGAUGAGAUCAAAAAGGCGUACAGAAAACAGGCUUUACGCUUUCAUCCGGACAAAAACAAGUCCCCGGGAGCAGAGGACAAAUUUAAAGAGAUUGCCGAAGCUUACGACGUCCUGAGUGACUCGAAGAAAAAGGAGAUCUAUGACCGCUAUGGAGAAGAAGGGCUGAAGGGUAAUGCUGGCGCUGGAGGUGGUGCCCACAGUGGUCCGAGCUUCAACUACACCUUCCAUGGAGAUCCUCAUGCAAUGUUUGCAGAGUUCUUUGGUGGCCACAGUCCAUUUGAUCAAUUCUUUGCACAAAAUGGGGAGGAAGAUAUGGACAUCCAUGACCCCUUUUCGGCUUUCAGGAUGCCAGGCAUGGGUGGUUUCCAUAGAUCUUUCAAAGCUCAUCCUGGAAGUCAUCGCAGAGCACAUGAGAAAAAGAAAGACCCUCCAGUUGUGCACGAGCUGAAGGUAAGCCUAGAGGAAGUCUACUCGGGCUGUACCAAAAAAAUGAAAAUUUCAAGGAAAAGACUGAACCCUGACGGCUGCACUGUGCGGAGUGAGGAUAAGAUUUUGACAGUGGACAUCAAACGUGGUUGGAAAGAAGGGACAAAAAUCACUUUUCCAAAAGAGGGAGAUGAAACCCCCACCAACAUUCCUGCAGAUAUUGUGUUUGUGGUCAAAGAUAGGCCUCAUCCAGUGUUCACAAGAGAUGGUUCUGACAUUAUAUACCCUGCUAAAAUAACUCUAAAAGAAGCCUUGUGUGGCUGUACAGUCAAUGCCCCAACACUCGAUGGCCGGACCAUCACGGUCACCUCCAGAGAUGUGGUCAAACCAGGCACAAAGAAGCGCAUUGUGGGAGAGGGUCUUCCACUCUCAAAGUCCCCUGACCAAAGGGGAGACAUGAUUUUGGACUUUUCUGUGAAAUUUCCCGACAAACUGGGCCAAAGCACUCGUGAUGCACUCAGGCAGAUUCUUCCACCGUGACUUCAGAUUCAGACACUGAUGCACAAACACAUUUCCACGUUUCUUUUGCCUGAACUUGAGGCUUGCGUGGGUAACAGCUGUAUCCGCAUGCUGUUGAAAGGUCCCCAUUCUUGGGCCAGUGAAAUUACUUAGACCUAAGAUUAACCACCAAGGUUUAACCGUAUUAACAUCUACCUCAAAAUGAUUCCUGAAAUAUCAUGCAACUUACCUGUAAGUAGGUCAUGGUGCAGAAAUACAAAGUCUCUGCAAAAGGUCUUGACUGAACUGAAGAAGAAUCAAGUUUCACAAAGUGUUAAGGAUUUGGUUUCACAGCAAUCUGGAUUUUUUCACAGCAAGAGCUGCCAGCAAAUGUGCACAAUACCUCAGGUGAAGGGCUAUCUAGCUCUGUCUUCAUCACAGGGCACAGAUAUGCAGUUUACCAAUCAGAUCAGUGGGACUUAGUCCAAACUAAUCUGACUCCCAUAUUCACCUGCACUACAGAUCUGUGACAAAUGCCAUCUGUUGGUUGGCUCUAGUUUUGCAGCUGCUAGUUUCUGUCGUUCUUUGCAAUUUUAACAACACAAAAAUGGACACUAAAAAGUUUGACUUUUUAAAAAAAACUAAACAAUUAUGCACCUUCCAUGUAUGUCUUAAAAUUCCACAAUUUUAUGAUUUUUUUUUUUUUUAAUCCAAUUAUUUUAGUAGUACCAUGGAUAGGAAAACUUUGUGCCAAAUUUUCUCCAUUAAUUUAUGUAUCUUGUCUAAUGGCAUUGGAAGCAUGUAAUUGAUAUUUAAGUAGAUAAACAACAAAAGCUUAACUUAAACACUUAAUAUUUUAUUUGAGCGUGUAAGUGUAGUCAAAGUGUAUGUGGGAAUGUUAUAACUGGAAAAGUAUAACAUGUGACCAGUACCCAGUCAUUUAAUGUGACUGAUUUUCCUUUGUUCAUUUGAACAUUACAAGCACACGACCUGUUUUGAUUGUUGCUCCUGUGGGAACGCAAUUUACAACAUGUUGUGAAACUACAACACAAAUGUAGAGAUGUGUCAUCUGUAAUGUUUCACCUUUUAUUUUUAAAAAGGUCUUUUAACUAUUUCCUGAAAGGAAAAAAGGUGUAAGCCUUAUUUGAUUUCACAUGUUUAAGUUUUAUUUCUCAACAUUUCUCAGGUCUAAAUUUUGAUUUGAAUUAGGUGGGGUACAAAUUUGUAGUACAAUUUGUUUCUUAUGCUGUGUGUCUAUGUGUCCAUAUAAACAUGCAAACACAUCA